AUGGGAACUUUGAAAGAUCUUUCUUCGCUAUCGGAAGAGAAUUUUCUUCAAACACUUCGAGAUAUUCUUGACGAAUAUUUUCAUCGUCUUCCAUCAUCAAAACAAGCCAAUGAUAUCGAUUCACAAUUGCGUCUUCAACUCGAACAGAUCCUUCGAAGUACAAACCCUUCGUCGAACAAGAUACCAACCGAUGAUUUACCUGAACAUUUACAAAAAUUCUACUCAAACUUUGUUCACGACUAUCACCGUGAUAUCGAACAAUAUCAUAUCCAACAUGCCAGUCAACAUGUGGACAAGUAUCGUUUAGAGAACUUCGAUUGGAAUAUUCGAAUGGCUGUUCACGACGAACAUUUGUUCAAAUGUCGUUUGCCACUUGUGAAUCUAGAAUUAGGACUAACUGAUGAGAAGAAAUCAACAAAUGUUCUACUAGAAUUGGAUGAACAAGAAUUAAAUCGAUUAAUUGAUGAAAUGACAACAAUAGAACAAGCAAUGAAUAACACAAAUACUCUUCUUACUCAGUGA